AUGAAAUAUCAUUUUUAAAGUUAAAAUAAUUAGAGGAGUAGCUCGUUAAAGGUAUUAUCUGACUCGCUUAAAGAUUGUGUAUCAUUAGAAGAGUUUGAUUUCUAGUUCAGCAAUAACAAUUUGAGCUAAAAAGAUUUUCUGAAAACUUUUUCUUAAAGCAUUUCAAAAUUAUUUUUAUUGAAAUCACUGAGCCUAGAAUUUAAGGAUUGUCAUAUUUCUCAAUACGAAGCAAUUCCUUUUUUCACCAGUUUAAAAGAUAUCAAGAAUUUAAAUCACUUAAAUUUGAACUUGAAAAAUAAUCAGAUUGAUAAGUAAGUUUUCAGUGAAUUUUAAUGGUGUGUUGCAAUUGAUUAAAAUUCAAAGUUGCAAAGUUCUAGAUAUUUAGGAAGUUUUCUUUCUAAUUAAAAUUUGACGACUUUAAAUCUUAAUCUAGAUAAUGUUGAAUUGAGGAGUUAAGGAUUAUAGCUUAUAAGUUAAGGUAUUAUGCAAUAAUUUAAUUUACUGGAGCUAAUCUUUAGUGUUAGUGAAAAUAAAAUUAAAAAAGAAGGCUUAGUAUCACUGUAUCUCAGUUUAAAAUGUUUAACCUUAAUAAAUAAUUUAACUUUAAUUUGCAACAAAAUAAAAACCAAAAAGUCUUCUCAAUAAAUUGCUUAAAAGGUAAAACUUAGUGAUAUAAAAAGAGAGGAAAUUUUAAAAAUAAAAUAAACUGAAAGAAAUUAAAGAUUAAAAAUAAUUAGAGAAGCUAAUUAAUUAACAGAAAAUGUUAGCCUCAGCAUAAUUAAAAACAUAGAUAAAGUAGAUAACAAAAGCAAAUAAAAUACCUUAAACUUCAUAAAUAAUUAUUUAGAAGAUUACUAAAACGAAUCUUCUUAUAAACAGAUUGAAUAAUUAACCUCAAAUAAAUAAAAUUCUUAAUUGAAAAAAGCAAGCUAAUAGUUUGAAACAGAAAAAAUCAACAAAAAUUUAUCAAAAUAAUUUAUUAAGUACAGUAAACAAAACUCAAUUAUUUUAAAUAAUGAAAACUGUUUUGAUUUAGAAAAUAAAAUAAAAUACAUCUAAAAUAAUGAACCAAAGAAUUGUAAUUCUAAAUAACUUUUUAAGAAAAAAUAAUCAAGCAUGCAGAGUCUUCAAUUAAAAAAUAAAUAAAAUACUAUAUAAAGUUAAAUUUAAAACAGCUUUAAUUUGGAUGUAACGUUUAAUCAAAAUCAAAAAUUAAACUAUUCUUUACAAAGAUUAACAUAAAGUAGAAAAAAGCAGUCUUCAUUCUAAACUUUGUGUGAAUCUUUAAUAAAAUUAACAAAAUUAACUAGAAUUUGCUUAUCAUUUGAGAACAAUAAUACCAUUUCAGAAGGACUCAUAUAAAUAUGCUACUCCUUUGACUACCUACCUUAGAUGAAAAUACUUAUCCUAAACUUUGGCUAAAAUUUUAUCUAGUCAGAUGGCUUUUACAAAUUAGCUGAAUCGUUGGAGUUUCUCUCAUAAUUAGAGGAGCUAAAAGUCGAUUUUAACUGCAAUUAAAUCGAUGAUUUCGGGUUGGUCUGCUUCUCUAAUAUGAUAAAAAGGUUUUCUAGAUAAUUGGCAAUAUUCCAUUUAAAUUUAGAAUCAAAUAAAAUUGAAUCACUUUUAAGUAUUGAUUAUUUUAGUAAAAAAUUUCUAAAGCAUCUCAGAGUUUAAGACUUUAAACUUGUUGUCUUAGAUAAUCCAAUCUGCCUUACAGAAAAAUAUUCAAAUAAUAACGAUACCUAAAAUAAAAACACAGGAUCUGAAUAAGCAGAUACAAUCAAAAGUUCAAAUAAUUUACAUAAUAAAUAAUAAGAAUUUAGAAAUAUUUAAAGGAUAAGUGAAUUAUAUCCUUAUAGUUUCUUAAUUGAACAUAAAUAUUUUAAUAAAUGA